UGACUGCAGACGGAGCAGCUGGAGGAUGGAGCACAGACUGGAGAGGAAUGUGUCACAUCGCAGGCAGACACAUCUGAAGUAUUACCGCCACAGUUAGGACCCUUUUCUUCAUUUAAACUCAGGCUUAUUUUUCUCCUUCUUUUCUCUAUUUUUACGAUCAUUUAACCGCUGACACAUGCGCAGGAGACCACUUCACAUCUGCCUGUCAACACACCGGCUCCGACUGUUUGUCAAAGAAAACCCGUUGAAAAUCAGUCUGUAAUAUUCAUCAUUCGCGAGGUUUGAGCCGGACACACCUUCUACUGGACUGUCCUGUCACUGCCUCCAUCAACAUGGAUGAAGACAAUCACAUUCCUGAGGAUCUGUCCCUGGAGGAGAGGGAUGAGCUCUCAAACAUCCGACGCAGGAAGAGAGAGCUGCUCGAUGAUAUUGAGAGGUUGAAGUUUGAGAUAGCCGAGGUCAUGACGGAGAUCGAGCAACUGACGUGUGUUGGAGAAAGUAAAACAUCUCAGAGAAACAAACAGAUUGCCAUGGGCAGGAAGAAAUUCAACAUGGAUCCAAAGAAGGGAAUCCAGUUCCUCUUGGAGAACGACCUCCUUCAGCACACUCCUGAAGACAUUGCACAGUUCCUCUAUAAAGGCGAGGGCCUCAACAAGACCGUCAUUGGAGACUACUUGGGCGAGCGGGAUGACUUCAACAUCAAGGUGCUGCAGGCUUUUGUGGAGCUGCACGAGUUUGCAGACCUCAACCUGGUCCAAGCACUACGGCAGUUUCUGUGGAGUUUCCGUUUACCAGGGGAAGCCCAGAAGAUCGACCGUAUGAUGGAGGCGUUUGCCUCUCGGUACUGCCAGUGCAACCCCGGAGUCUUCCAAUCCACAGAUACCUGCUAUGUGCUAUCAUUCGCCAUCAUCAUGCUGAACACCAGCCUACAUAACCCCAACGUCAGAGACAAGCCCCCUGUGGAGCGCUUCAUCUCCAUGAACAGAGGCAUCAAUGAAGGAGGAGAUCUACCAGAGGAGCUUCUCAGGAACCUUUACGACAGCAUCAAAAACGAGCCAUUCAAAAUCCCAGAGGAUGAUGGGAACGAUCUGACGCACACAUUCUUCAACCCCGAUAGAGAAGGCUGGCUCCUAAAGCUUGGAGGAAGGGUGAAGACAUGGAAAAGACGGUGGUUCAUUCUGACCGACAACUGCCUCUAUUACUUUGAAUACACAACAGAUAAAGAGCCUCGUGGGAUCAUUCCCCUGGAGAACCUCAGUAUCAGAGAGGUGGACGAGCCCAGGAAACCUAACUGCUUCGAACUCUACAACCCCAACCACAAAGGUCAGGUGAUCAAGGCCUGCAAGACAGAGGCAGACGGACGGGUCGUUGAGGGCAACCACGUUGUGUACAGGAUAUCAGCUCCAACACCGGAGGAGAAGGAGGAGUGGAUCAAAUCCAUCAAAGCGAGCAUCAGCAGGGAUCCUUUCUACGACAUGCUGGCCACCAGAAAAAGAAGAAUAGCCAAUAAGAAAUGAUGACAGUCCAUCUUCUAUGACACCUUCCUUCAUCUCUGCGACCUGUGUAUUAGUGUGUAUUUGUGUGCAGCAGGAGCAUUGAAGACCUCCUGUUGUUCUUUCAGGGCUGGAGGGCGAGGGACAGAGGUGGGAAUUUUUCUGACUGAAAUGGAUUUUCUGCACCUCAGUUCUUGACUGGUGUGGAUAUGGAGGGUUUAAUCAAAUGUGCAGAGACUUUUGGAAGGACUGUGACCAAAAAUAUUUUACAAAACUGGAUGAAAACAAAAGGAAAAAAUGACUUGAGUCAAUAGGAAGGUGUUGCAAAACAUAGCUGUGACGAGAUCACCCUCUGCUGGACACAUACGGAACUUUACCCUCAUCUCAUACAUCCUUUGGAAACUGCCAACACCAACAAUAUUUUUUUGGAGUAUCCUGUUACUACAAAAAGCCUCAAGCUUCUAAAUCAGCUGGUCUGAUUGUUAGCCAUCAAGUGACUGUAUCUGUAUAUGCAAACACUCUGGUUUACUCUGAAAAAAUGAAAUGUAAGCUCAUAUACUUUUUCAUUUAGAGUGUUUCCUUUUUACCUUCUUGAAGGCAAAAAAAGUGAAUGCAGGUGAUUAUAGAAAACAAUAUAAUUUUGUGUGUAAUGAUCCUUUAAGUGGCCACAGUUUCAGUCUGUCAUUUUAUGUAUUGAAGAUCCUCCUCUGUGAUAAUCUCUUCUGUAUUUAUUUUCUUAAUUUGUUUAACAAAAAGAAGCAGCCCCCCUUUUACAUAAUGCAUGUAUAGUAGUAUAUGAUGUACAUACUGUUUCUUUUCUUUGAUGUGUUCAUGUAGCAUGUAAAUCAUAACAGCUGUAGCCUUUACCCAUUCACCUGUUUAGUUCACGAUUACAGUUUACAAGAGGAGGAAGAGGAGGAGGGAGGUUGUGCAGUAGUGAAACCUCCUCACUCUGUGUUAGUACUGGAGAUCAGAUAAUACAUAAAAACAGGAAACAAGCGGGUUCAAAAAGCUUUUGAAUACUGUGCAAACGUGGACUGGAAUAUUAAGACUGUUUUCCUUAAACAGAUCAAACCAAACUGCAGCUGAAUCUUUUGCAAUGCUGAGGUUGAGAAAUAGUUUGAUCUUAAUUUGGGAAAUUAUCUACUGAAUACUUUGAUGAUGAAGACUUUGAAUAAAAAUACAUGCUGAUCAGAAAACAA